GCCGCCGCCGCAACAUGGCCGCGGCUCUCUCCAGCUCCGUGUGCGUACUGCUUGUCAUUCUGGCGCUGCCGCCACCACCGAUGGAGGCGUAUGUGCAGGCGGCAGAACCAGGCACAUAUUUCUGGAAUCGGCGAACUCAGAGACAAUCACCGGAUCCAGGAGAUGCAGCAGCAGCAGCAAAAGCAGCAAUGGACGAUUACAAUAAAAAAUAUGAUAUGGACGCUAUGAAAAAUAAAAAAAAAAAUAUUCAGCCAAUAACGAUAAUCAACAUCCGAAAAAAUAACAAACCGACUGAGAAGAACUUUCAACAAGGUUAUGCGGUGGUCAUCUAUGGGUUCAAACUAACGACUGCGGUUUUGACAAUUUUCAAGUACGCUGAGGUAUUUGGUGAUGCCUACCCGCAAUUUCACCCCUGCUAUUCGGACUACUGGACCACCGCGUACCGUUGGUUAUAUCGCUACCUUAAAACGCUUCCAGAAUGGGCGACCGGCCAGACUUCCUUCAUAGACACGCACAAGGUGUGGAGGAAGCGCUACUUCUAUUUGAACAGAUUCAUUCCUCAUUGGCUUCGACCCUUUUUAAUUAAGCUUUGCGUACACCCUUUAACGUUCGUGAAAGAAGAGCUAGUUUGGAAAAUAUACAAGAAGUUCGCCCAGGCACAGUGGGGUAAAUUCUACAUAUACCCAUCGAAAGUCUUCAAUGAUUACAAAUCUAUGAGGCCAUAUGAAACUUUCGAACAGUUAGAUGAUAGCACCGUGUCUAAUGAUUAGGCCGUCAUGUGUGUAGUGUAGCUGCACUCGUACAUUGUUUCAUUCAAGCUUUAAUUUACCAUGACUUCACAAUAUUUGAAUUACACGGUUGGCACAGUGGCGGAGCAACGGACUUCUGCGGAACGUGCCAUGGAUUCGAUUCCCGGAACAAUUGUCCGCGUGUGAAUAUGUAUGUUUGUAAACGCACCGACAACUACUACCACGGUACAGGAGGAAAACAAAGUGUAAAGUAACGUUCAAAAAAUAAAGUUAGAUAUAUAACAUUGCGAUGCACCAUUCGGGUCCACUGUUCACCACAUAGAUCUGUAGAGACUGAAGAUACACAUAACAGAUAGAACAUGACAAAAGGACAAUGCUCCAAAACCCAGAAUCGCUUAAAUAAUGUAUAUGAGGCAAUGUACAAAGUACAUUUAUCCCAAAUUCAAUAGAUUGUUUUCGAUGAAACCAUCAGCAAGUAUUAAUAAAGUGACCAGUUUAUGUUUCCAUAGAUUUAACAGUCAGUUAAUAUGUUUCUUAUCACAUCAUAUUAUUUGUGAUUUUGCUGAUGUUCUGAUGAUGUAUGAACAAUCUAGGAAAAUCCCUAUAGGCUUAAGAGGUUUGCUUGUAACUGUCGUAAAUUUAAUUCCUUAUCUGUAUUUUUCGUUGCUUUCAUUAAUCUAGUAACAAACAUGUUCUAUGUUGUUGUAUGU